AGACCGACCACAUCACAACGAUUAGCAAGCGGAGUAGCGGACCAUCAAUUUCUAGCGCAUCGAUCCAUCCAUCAAACUUCGAACACAAGCAUUCUAUCUGACAGCUCUAGCGGAGGCUGGUUCAGUAACAACAAUGGCGUUCGUGCCGAUCUGCGUGCAGUGCGGGACAAGAAGCAACCCGUGCCGGUGCAAGGUGGUCGGCCCGACGCUGGGAUUCGUGGCGCUCGUCGUGGCCGGGGUGGUGGAGUGGCCGCUGGGCGCCGCCGUGUACCUUUUCCGCCACCGCAAGGGCCGCCGCAUCAUGGGUCACCCGGCCAGGGUCGUGUACCCUCGCGUCACCGGCGCAAUCCCCAUCUAAUCGACCGCAGCAUCUUCCUCUUCGGUGGUGAUCUGUCACGAGGUACCGCCGUUGGCUUGUCAAGCUGUGUCAUGUAAUCUGGGAGGUUCGUCUCUCCGACUCUCAGCGUGUGUUUAAUAAAGCGGGGUUUUUGUUGUCGCA